UGGUAUUUGAGAGAGAUCGAUGUAGUGAAGAUGAGUGGCGAAGGUAAAUUAGGUAGAGAUCAUCAUGAAGAAGAAGGUGAUGCACCACUUCCAGGAUUCAGAUUUCAUCCGACAGACGAAGAGCUUUUAGGGUAUUACCUUCGACGAAAAGUAGAGAACAAACCCAUCAAACUCGAACUUAUCAAACAAAUCGAUAUCUAUAAGUUCGAUCCUUGGGAUCUUCCAAGAGUGAGCAGCGUCGGGGAAAAGGAGUGGUACUUCUUCUGCAUGAGAGGCAGGAAAUACAGGAACAGCGUUAGACCAAACCGAGUCACCGGUUCAGGUUUCUGGAAAGCUACUGGUAUUGACAAACCGGUUUACUCCAACCUAGAUUGUGUCGGUCUCAAGAAAUCUCUGGUUUACUAUCUUGGUUCAGCCGGUAAAGGCACCAAAACCGAUUGGAUGAUGCAUGAAUUCCGCCUCCCCUCUACCUCCAAAACCGACUCGCCAGCUCUACAAGCUGAGGUAUGGACACUAUGCAGAAUCUUCAAACGGGUCACAUCUCACAGAAACCCAACCAUCGUACCACCAAACCGAAAACCGGUUAUCACCUUAACCGACUCUUGUUCUAAGACAAGCAGCUUAGAUUCCGACCACACCAGUCACCGCGUCGUUGAUUCCUUGCCCUUGUCCCACGAGCCGCCGCUUCAGCCACAUACUCCUUAUUGGAACCAACAUGCGGUUGGUUUCAAUCAACCGACAUAUACCUGUAAUGAUAAUAACAACUUCCUCAGUUUCUGGAACGUCAACGGUACUGGAGAUUUCAUCGGAGACUCCGCAAGUUGGGAUGAACUUAGAUCUGUUAUAGAUGGCAACACUAAACCCUAGUAAUAAAUUUUUCCUUUUCUCAGCUUUGUAUAAAAAGAUAAAACAAACCAUUGUUUUUGUUUUUGAUAAUAAUGACGUAUCAUGUAAUGACACUUUUAAUUGUUUUGAUC